AUGGCUGCACCGAUCAAGUUCAGUUUUUCCGUGAGGAGCAUCCUGGACCUUCCGGAGCAGGACGCGGAGGCAGCGCCGCGGUCCUCCCCGCUGUACUCCUCCUCCAGCUCGCCCUACAGCUCCUGGAUGGACUGCGACCGGAGCCCCUGCAUGUCUUCUGAUGAAGGCAGUUUCGAGGCCUCCCCAGACUCCACCAAGCCGGAUGACUCGUCCCUGGACUCGGAGCCGGACCGGAGCAAGAAGAGCAAGAAGCGCCGGGUCCUGUUCUCCAAGGCGCAGACCCUGGAGUUAGAGAGGCGCUUCCGGCAGCAGCGCUACCUGUCCGGCCCGGAGAGGGAGCAGCUGGCCCGGGUCCUCAGCCUGACCCCAACCCAGGUGAAGAUCUGGUUCCAGAACCACCGCUACAAGAUGAAGCGAGGCCGGGCCGAGGGGCUGCUGUUUCAGGACCUGGACCUCCAGCAGCCUCCGAUGCUGCGAAGGGUCGUCGUUCCGAUCCUGGUCCGGGAUGGGAAACCUUUUCACACCUGCUUACUCGACACGGAAAAACUUGGAUGUUUACCUCAUUCGUCAGCGGUUCCCUUCCCCUUAGCCUACCCCAGUCUUCAGCACCCGUCCCACGUCGCUCUUCCUCCGCGGUACCAGCAGCACUUUCCCGCCGCGGCGGCCUCCAGAUUCGCCUGGAGAGACUUUUGGAGCGACUCGGUCCACUUUAAUGCCUUCAAGUGA